AGCUGUUCUGUUCGGUACCGUGUCGACUGCACCUUUCCCUUUACUCCACCACCGGUCCUUUCCUUUGAUGAGUCCAUCAAGCAGAAACGGCCGUAGUCGGGAAAGUCCCGUCACGGCGGUCUCCAACCGCACGACCCUGGCGUCCGAAGUCAUCGCUGCUUCUGUCGGCGGUGCCAUUUCCGCAGGCGUCCUGUAUCCGCUCGAAGUCCUCAAGACGAAAAUGCAAGCCCAACACGACGACCGUGACAUGGAUGAGCAGGCCACUACUAUGUGGAGGUACGCCGCCCGUCUCUACCGUCAACAAGGUUGGCAAAUCUUUGUUCGCGGUCUGGAAACCUCCGCUCUACAGUCCGCUACGGAAAAGGCCCUCUACUUCUUUGCUUACACAAUUUUAAAGAACGCCCACCAAUCUGUGACGCACGGGAAAGCACUCGGGACGGCCACCAAUUUGGUGUUGGGCUGUGCAGCGGAAUGGGUACAUUUGCCCGUUUCGCUCCCCAUUGACGUGUGGACGACCAAAAUUCAAACCAGCAGCAGUGCCGACCAAACCCCGCUGAAAAUCCUACUCACCAUGCUCGCCGAGCCCAACAAAGCGCAGUGGUACCAGGGUUGGUCGGCCUACACGCUACUCUGUUUGAAACCGGCCCUGCAGUAUACCGUCUACGAGCAAGUCAAAGCGGCAGUCGUUCAGACGCGACAAAAUAAGACCCUUACGGCCGUGGAAGCCUUUCUGCUCGGUAUGGUGGCGCGGACCGUAGCCACCGUUGUUGUCUUUCCCUUUCUACGAGCCAAGGUCCUUCUGCAGACCGCCAAAGAACCCGACACUGCCAGUGCAUCCCUAUCCACCACGACAUCCAAACCCAGCGUGAUUACCCUGCUGACCAAAGUGUACGAACGGGACGGUCUCGCUGGACUCUUUCAGGGGCUGGGACCGGAAUUGACGCGCGGAAUAUUCUCGGCCGCACUUAUGCUCAUGAUGAAGGAAAAGUUGGCGAGCCGGGUUCAACGAGCACUGGAUGCAAAGUCUAACAACGUGGAAAUUCGCUCCGCUAUUCGAUAGUACCGGAACGAUUGGGUAAAGUGUUGGACUCGGUGGGAACAGCCGAGAUAGGACAACGUUUGUUUCUCAUUGUGUAUUUAACCAAAUUACUUACUGUUAAUAGUCGCGGUUGAUGGCUCUUGCUUUUGGUCAGCCCAUGGAAAUGAGGCAGCGAUUUGCGAACUGUAUCACAUUGCGGAAAUCCCGGCUUACUUUGCUUCUGGUUGACUGCCGCUGGGUGUUGCGGUGGUGUAGUCAAGUAACAUGUCGCGUAACGCGUCGUCCAUUGCUGUCGGUUCCAAGCCAAACGCUUUCCGCAUUCCGGUAUCGUCUACACUGUAAUCGUUCUUCCAAAAGGGCAUCAUUUCAAUGAUCUCCCACAAGAACGGAAUGAACAAUCCCAAAAGGUAACACGAGAGAACACCUAAAACGGAAACGGAAUGUUUGUCAGUGGAUGACGAUGGAUCGUGGAGUGUAGCGAUGCGAUUCGCCAAAUCCUGCAUGCUUUGAUUCUGUAUGCUAUUAGGAACAACCCAGAACGAAUCGUACAACGCAUUUUCGUGGUCAGGGUCGACAGCUAAGGCCAAGGCCCGGGCGACGUCGGGAACAAAACAAAAGUCGUGCUUAGCGUCCUUGGACCCAAAGCAAAGCGGAGUGGAACCCUGAACAAUUUUUCCCAUGAAGGUGUCACCCAACAUAGACUUUUCUCCCACAUGUUGGCCCACAAAGUCACUGGCGCCUACUACGGCGAGCGUUCCCGGAAAUUUGGUCAUAUGCUCUUGAAAGCGUUCGUGCAAGAGCGCCCGCACCGCGGGUUUGCUAUGGGUUCCGGCUGGAACACGACCGUCCUGGGGACCGCGCUGCGUACCAGGUCCGUACGCGUACAAAUUGUCUUGAAAGACAAGCUUCGUUUUGGUGGAUUCGCUGUGGGUGAUGGUGGCCAAGAGAUUUUCGGUCACCAGGGGCCAUCGCUGAGCCCAGUAUUUGCGCUUGUACUCGGUAAAGCCCACGCAGCAAAAAAUCACAUCGGAGGACUCCGUUAUUGAUUUGACACUCGCAGCGUCAAAGAUGUCCCCUUGUACGAUCUUGACGUUUGGGAGUUUCUCCAAACCCAGGCGACCACCAUCGGUGGAUCGAGAAACGGCCUGAAUCUUACAGUUCGGAUACUCACGAGAGAGGAUCUCACAAAGAGCGGUUCCUACUCCCCCCGUGGCUCCAAAAAUCACAAUGUGCUGAGAAAUCAUGGCGAGUGUGGAUUGUGAGAUCGCUUAUCGAUG